CAGGCUUUUGUAAAAGCAAAAGACCGGGAGAGAUCUCCAAAGACGAGCGCUAUUUAGUAUUUCGAAAUCAUCAAAUCCCCUAUCCAUUGACAAAAAUCUCUUCUCUCCACUUGAAAAUGAAACUUUUGCCCAUUUGCACUUGGCUCCUAUGCCUUUUGCUUUUUAUCGUGUGCUUGGGAUCUGAGUGUGGGACUCCACGGCGAAUUGUAAGGUCUAAAAGAGACUUGGUACGCAUCAGGGAAGCCAGAAGUACCUUCCCAGGACCUUGUGCCACACGCCUGCCUCGGGGCAAACGCUCACUUCCCGGGAUAGAUCGGCGCUCCCCUCGCCUGUCACAGGCGGGGGAAAGCAGCCCAGGUCGGCGGAGGGCUGUUUACUUUACCGGUCGAGGAGACCAACUGCGUCUGAAACCCAAUGCAGAGGUGCCAAGGGGUAAUUUCACCCUGGAAAUGUGGAUAAAACCCGAGGGUGGGCAGCGCUCUCCAGCUGUUAUCGGAGGUCUCUAUGACAAAUGCUUCUACGCAUCAAGUGAUAGAGGAUGGUUAUUUGGCAUCAAAGCAGUCAGUGACCAAGCCAACCGUGACCCACGCUUCUUCUUCUCCCUCAAGACAGACCGAGCCCACAAGCUCACCACAAUCACCUCAAAUGUACCCUACGCUCCCAGUCAAUGGUCGCACGUGGCAGUCACCUACAACGGUCUCUUCAUGAAGCUGUAUAUAAACGGAGCGCAGGUCGCUGUAAGUCGAGACCAAUCGGGUGAGAUUUUUAGCCCCCUUACCAAGAAAUGCAAAGUGCUAAUGAUCGGUGGCAAUGCUUUAAACCACAACUUCAGGGGAACGAUGGAACACUUGAGCUUGUGGCAUCGGGCUCUGAGCCAGCGAGAGAUCAUUAGAUACAUGGCUCACAGUUUGGGUCAGUUUGGUGAUCUCUCUCAGCUGGUCAUCCACGAGAACUUCGAGAACAUGUCAAGGCGGUGGCUGACGGUGAAAGAUGGCAGUUUCCCCCGACUGGAGGACUCAGACCGGAGCCUGGCGGCUGUCCUCAGUGACGCUGCGCUGAAACCUCCACCUUGCGGACAGACUGUGUGUGACAAUGUGGAGGUGAUUACAAACUACUACCAGCUCUGGAGCUUCCGCAAACCCAAGACGGUGCGCUACCGAGUGAUAAAUGUUUACGACGAUGACGGACGGUGGCCGACGAUUACAGACCACCAGAUCAACCUUCAGCACCAGCACUUGAACAACGCUUUCCGGGUCUACAACAUUUCUUGGGAGCGCACCGUUCACAACGUCUACAACUCGUCCUUACGGAACCGCCUGAUACUGGCCAACUGUGAUAUCAGCAAAGUGGGCGAUGAAGAGUGCGAUCCAGAAUGUAACCACACUCUUACUGGCUUUGAUGCUGGGUACUGUAAGAGGCAGAGCGCACGCUGCCCUGAAUACAAGCAGGGGAACGGCGUUUGCGACCCAGAGUGUAACUGGGACAAUUUCUAUUACGAUCAUGGGGACUGCUGCAACAUCAACAUCACUGAUGUCACCAAGACCUGCUUUAACCCUGCAUCGCCCCACAGGGCGUACAUGAACGUGAAAGAGCUGAAAGAGGUUUUGAAUUUGGAUGGAUCCACACACUUAAACAUCUUCUUUGCUAACUCAUCUGAUGAAGACGUGGCUGGUGUGGGCACUUGGCCCUGGGAUAAAGAAGCUUUGACACAUUUAGGUGGGAUUGUAUUAAACCCUUUAUUUUAUGGUACGUUUGGCCACACUCACACCAUGAUCCAUGAGAUUGGCCACAGCCUUGGACUGUACCAUGUCUUCAGGGGAAUCUCAGAGGUGGAGUCCUGCAAUGAUGCCUGCUUAGAGACCGAGCCGUCUCUUGAGACGGGGGAUCUGUGUGUAGAUACAAAUCCCACACCUAAGUACAAGUACUGCAGAGAUCCUGAGCCAGGCAACGACACCUGCGGCAGACGUCACUUCACAAACACCCCCUUCAACAAUUACAUGAGCUAUGCUGAUGAUGACUGCACAGAUUCCUUCACGCUGAACCAGGUGGCCCGGAUGCACUGUUACCUGGAUCUGAUCUACCAGUCUUGGAGACCUGGCAGUAAACCAGCCCCUGUUCCUCUACCUCCUCGAGUAACAGCGCAGGACCAUGACUCUAUUACAAUAGAGUGGUUCCCUGCCCUCACCGGCCAUUACUUAGACAGAGAAGUGGGAUCAGUUUGUGACAGAUGUACUGAAGUUGGGGCGCUCCUACAGUAUGCCUCAAACUCCUCUUCUCCAAGACCCUGCGCUCCCUCUGGCCACUGGAGCCCUCGUGAAGCAGAAGGCCCACCAGACGUAGAGCAGGCCUGUGAAGCGAGCGUCAGCACUUGGAGUCCGAACGCUGGCCUGGACUCCAGUAGUGUUGGCUCAGCGUCUUGCCCACCCCAGGGCUGUAUGCUGCAGCUUGAGUUUGCCUAUCCGCUGGUGCCCGACUCCCUCACUGUUUGGGUCACCUUCUUCUCUCCGGAGGAGUCUGGACUGCCUGCAAUCCACGACAUCCUUCUGCUGACCCUCAGUGGUAACAACUUCUCGCUGGGCCCACAGUACGUGUUCUGUGACACACCGUUGACCCUUAAGCUAGAAGUGAAAGAAGAGGUGUAUGGAGUGCAGUUCUUCACCAUGGAGCAGCACUUGGAAAUUGACGCCACAUUGCUUGCCUCAAAGCCAGACAAUCCUCUGUGCCGGUCGUGUCAUCCUCUGCACUAUAGACUGAUUCGACAGCCAUCGUUCACACAUUCACCACAUGGGCUGAUCCUUCAGGAACCCACUUUGAGAUAUGUGGACAGGGACUUAAAGUCUGACGAGACGUACACCUACCAUGUGCUGACAGUGUCUAGGAGAGCGGAGAGUGAACCAUCUCCUCCUCUCUCUCACCAGUUGGGCUCACCCUACUGUGGAGAUGGACUCAUCCAAAAAUAUCUUGGAGAGCAAUGUGACGACAUGAACUAUGCUAACGGAGAUGGCUGUUCAAACCAGUGCAAGAAAGAGCCGUUGUUCAACUGUGUUGAUGAGCCAAGCUUGUGUUACUUCUACGACGGUGAUGGUGUGUGUGAGGACUUCGAGCGGGAGGCAAGCGUACGGGACUGUGGUCUCUAUACUCCGAGCGGCUUCCUGGAUCAGUGGGCCACUGCGGUGGAGGUGUCCAAUGAGGAGAAGAUACACUGUCCAGCGGAGGUGGCUGUUGGAUAUCCUGCGGUGACAAAGAGCUGUCAGUCGAAGGUGUUUGACCUGUCACAUGGCGUGUCACAGUACGCUUGGUUUCCCUGUGAGGAGUCUCAGCAGCACAGCUGGACAUCACAGUACUGGUUGAAGGCCUAUUACGCCCAUCCUAUGGUGGCUGCUGCGGUCAUUAUUCACCUAGCUGCUGACGGAACGGCCGACAUCGACCAAAGACAACACAACAUUACUGUUCAGCUGGUGGACACUAAGGAGCAAACCCACCCUCUCGGGGACUGGAGGCUGAGCUGCCGGAACAAUCCAAUGGUAAUUCCUGUGAGUCACGACCUGAGCGUGGCUUUCUACCGGACAAAAGCCAUUAUAGUGAGCUUCAGCUCUCCUCUGGUGGCCAUCUCAGGUGUUGGGCUGCGCUCAUUUCAAUAUUUUGACCCCAUCACUAUCAGCGGCUGCCAGAGCAAUGAAAUCUACAACCCCAUGGGCCAAAGUUGCGUUCAUUACUCGUGUGACGCUAUUGAAUGUCAGAAGCCAAUGGUCAGUAAUGCAGAGAUGAAGUGCAACAGUCCUGGAUACUUCAAUGGAGCUCGCUGUACUAUCACCUGCAACCGAGGAUAUACACUAAAGAUACACCGAGAUGACGAUAUCAUUAAAACACAGUCUGAAUCCACAGUGACCCUCACCUGCGCGGAUGGGAAAUGGAACAAGCAGGUGACCUGUGAACCUGUGGACUGCGGGCGGCCUGACAAGUACCACGUGCACCCGGCUAUCUUUGAGUUCUCUGAAGGAACCACCUACGGCAAGAAGUGCACUUUUCAGUGCCGAGAACCGGCUCAGUUAGUGGGAAGCAAUAACGUGCUGACGUGUAUGGAGGAUGGCAUGUGGUCCUUCCCCGAGGCUCUGUGCGAGCUGCGCUGUCCGGUCCCUCCUCCUGUACCCAACGCUGUCCUGCAGACCAAACGCUGCAAUGCCACAGGCCUCAAAGUUGGGUCUUUUUGCAAGUACAAGUGCAAACCUGGCUACCAUGUGCCUCACAUAGGCAAGCCCAAGAGGUCAGUGCCUGUGAUGUACCACAGGCGUGCGUUUAAGCGGCAGUGUACGGAGGAUGGAACCUGGCAGUCGGGUGAGUGUGUGGCCGUCACGUGUGAGCCGCCUCCUCCCAUUUUCCACGGUACCUACAAGUGCACAAAUGGCUUUCAGUUCAACAGCGACUGCUGGAUCGACUGCAACAGGGCUAACCACACGGUGAGACAGCACAGCCGCUGCAAGCAGGGUCCAUCCACCAACGUGAUCCGAUGCAGAAAGGACGGGAACUGGACUGGAUCUUUCCGUCUUUGCCCCAACCUGACAGGCCAGUGCUCCCUUCCCCAAAAUCUCAGCCCAACUAUCCAUCUCAACUGCAAGGACGGACACGGCAUAGGAAAGGAGUGUGAGGUGGCGUGUAGAGAUGCUAGCAGCAGUGUGGUCCUCCUGCCCAGCAACAUGAGCGUCACAGCUGUGAUGAAAGACCACUGGUGGAACCCACCCAAAGUUAAGAAUAUUGUGUGCACCAUGGGACUAAAGUGGUAUCCAAACCCAGAGGCCCUCCACUGCAUUAAGGGAUGUGAGCCGUUCAUGGGUGAUAAUUACUGCGACGCCAUCAACAACCGAGCGUUCUGCAACUACGAUGGCGGAGACUGCUGCCAUUCUACUGUUAAAACCAAAAAGGUGAUUCCAUUCCCUAUGUCAUGUGACAUUCGAGAAGACUGUGCGUGUCGGGACCCCGAUGCCCAGGAGAACAACAAAGGAAUCCGCCACCGCUCCAUUGGCUGAGCUUGGUACCCCCUGUGGCACCCAGGGGGCCUGCUGGGAAACCAUUCUUCUCUACAUGCUGCUUAAAAGAGGGCCUUUCCACUCACACCGCACUCCAACAUGCCCUCGUUUCCUCAUCAAACAGCAACAACUUAAGAGGGUAUGACACUCAAAAACAAACAACCAAUCAAACACAUCAACAACAGGUUUCACAAAGGACAAGAAGUGGAAGUUUUAUGAAUGACUUAUGGCAAUAGCAACCAUAGAUGUCAUCAAACUAAAGCUCAAACAAGCCUGGGCUGACAGUUUUGUUGUUUUAUGUUUGCUUUCAUUGAUCAUUAUUUGUAAGACGCAACCAUGGCAAUGUUGUUUUUAUGUAAAGCCAGAGGAAGAAGGGGGGAAAGGAAAAAAUGCAGCUGUUAAUGUUUGCCUGUAGUCAGAAAAUGGGAUGAUUCCAAUCGAGUCAAAUCAAGAGCUCCAAACUAAAGCCAAUCGAUGAAUGAGAGGACCUUUGAUGUUUUCUUGAUGCCCCUUAACGCCUGACCUCCGAGACUGUCUCGAUGACAGUUCAGCCAUCCACCGCGUCCUCGCAUAUCACUGCGUCCCCGCGCUCUUAUAUUUAUCAAUCCAAAUAUCAAAGGGGAAAUGCCUAGAAAUGGAUCUUAAUAUCAAAUCCAAAUUUGUGUCACACGAAUGGCUUGCACUCCUCUGACUGUUUGAGCUGCUCCUACUCGCUACGAGAAAAAAAAAAAAUCUGGCUGCCGACCUCAGAGCCUGUAUGAAACAUCGAGGGAUGAUGGGAACGUUUCACAGUGCAUAGGAAGAUGUACGAGUGCAGCUGCUGUGGCCCUAAAUCACCAAAUCCUGUAUAUCAGCAAGAAAUGCACAAAUCUGAUGCCGAAAAAUCAUCAGAGGAGGUGUUGAUCCAGUGAGUUACAUCCAGAGAGAGAGAGAGAGAGAGAGCUUGUGAAAGAAGUUGUGUUAGCACAGCUGUUGCUGCUAGUUUUGCUGCAGUGGCCAUGCAGCCAAUUCCGUCUAUGGGCAAUUUGUAGUUUAAUGCAAGUGCAGUCUGCCAUAGAUUUUACCUCUGGUCAAAAUGCAGUUAUAUCAGCUUUACGUGAAAUGUAAAAAAAAAAAAAAGAUGUUGAGCGGAUCAUUUAUUUAUAAUCAGUCCCCGCUGGGAUGUUUAACAAAAGCCGUUUGCGUGCUCUGUGAAAUUGAAUUAAUCGAAACCCGAAAUGUACUUUUUAGCUCGAAUCCGUUGAGUGCUAUUCCAUUCGUAACUCCUGUCCUGUUUAGUGCAUUUUAAUAAUUCAUUUAAAAUAACUGAAUUAAGAGAUCGGUUGCAUAAACCUAGCUCUGUCUGGUGUCUUCAUACAGACUUAUCCUACGCAUAAAUAGCUGAACUCAAAUACACAUAUUCUUUGGAACUGAAUGCGUUAAUGCUGUGCAUUAUAACUAUGAAACCGAUUAGACUGAUCACUUUAAUAGAUUGACAGCCUUAUUAGAGACACAAAGGCCAAUUAUGUACACACUGACGCAGCAUAUACCAGGCAUAAUGAAUAAUUCAAAUAAAAUGAGCUUGUUGAUGAAGAACAGCUUAAGGACCUUUGUCCAUCAGGAUAAUGGCAUAUUUUAUUAGGAGCCACGUAAUGCCAAAUUAUAAAAAAAAUUGAGUAAAGUAUUGACACAAAGAAUGUAAUUUAGACUUCAUUGUGAAUAUAGUAAGCAUUUAGCAUCAAGGUGUUUGUGCUAGAUCAGUCUAAUGUAGCAUUAUACGUGUAAAAGAGCAGUUAAGCUAUGUUUUAAAUAGAUGAAAUCAUGUCAGGCUCACAGUCCACCUUUGCAGUCCAUUUCAUCUGACAUUUUUUAACAAAAUAUGUCUCAUUGGCGGAUAGCCAUCGGUGCUCCCCAUUUUGUGGUGCUCAUUAUUUUUGUGGAAAAUAACUAACAAUAAGUUUAGCGCAGUAUAACGGCAGUAUAUGUAACAACUGGCUCGAAGUUUAACACAAUAGCAGAUGUGCUAUUUUGUAGUAAGUGUAAUAACAGGCAUUGUUAUAUUUAUAUGUACACCAGUGUAAAUCUGGAGAUUGUAGUCUGUGGUGGCGUGUGUGGUAGUCAAUGGCAGUCAGGACGACCCCAUUAAACACAUGAUAUUUUAAUAUCUACACGUUGGUUUACAAACCACUUUUAGAAAGUAUAGAGACAACAAAAUGACCUACAGUAGGAGCAUUUAUCAGCCACCCUCGCGAUCUCCCUGAGCUCUUAUAAAUACAUCUAAAAGGCAUCUUUCUCAUUACAUUAACAAUGUAGCAUAAAAAACAUCAACUGUUGUGACAGCAGAAGUGAGGCUACUUAUCAAACCAGGAUAUCCCAACAGGUCGCGUCAGCCCAGCCCAUGAUAAGAGGUUAUUUCUAUGGCGUCAAUGUCUACCGAUGUCGUUUUUCCGAAGUGAAGAUUAUAAGGUAAUUUAUAUCUGGUGGUUUCGUUCAACUGUAUCUCUGUCAAUCAAUAUUUUUUAUCUUUGACCACAGUUGCUGCACUUGUCUUUGUACGGUUGUUUUGUCAAUGAUAUAGAAAAAAAAGAUGGAAAAGAAAAAAGUUUACCAUAAAAAAAAAAAAAAAAAAAAAGCUGCUAUGGUCAGACAGGUUAUCAUAAUAGUUAAAUGAAAUAGUCGUUUAGUGUAUGACAUCAUUGAAUAGUACUUUAUACUGUGUGUUGUUGUUGAUUUCUUCUUUUUUCACUACCUUUGGUUAAAACGGCUAGUAUUGAAGAGAUAUGUGUGUAGUUCGAUUACAGAUACAUAUGUUAAAAACACAGCUACCGUCAAAGGAUAUCCAAAGGAAAAAAAAGAGACAUGGCAACAGUGAGAUGACAGAGUAGGUCGUCACAGUCACUGAUGACUUAUUUAUUCGUGUACACAAGCAGCUCUGUCGUCAUUCCUUUCGAUGUAAAGAUCAUGUCAUAUUUAGUCUCUAUAGACGUCUUUGUUCCUAGUAUUAAACUGUAUGCUAUUAUUGCAUAGUAAAUGCUAAAAUACUGCUGCUUUUAUUCAAUUAUCACUUGGAAAGAGUGCCUAGAACAGAUACCAAUAUAUGUGCAAUCUUACCAACCGGUUUCAGACAUCACUGAAAAUGGACCUUUACUGAGCUUUACAGUACAUACAGUUCUUUACUUGGGUGUUGUACACAAACAGCGAUCAACCGUUUCUGUCUUUUUUGAUUUCCUGGAAAUGUAAAAAAAAAAAAAAAAAAAAAAAAAAAAAGCUGAACGCAAUCUAACGCAAUGUAACUUUUUUUUUUCUUCUGAAGCCAUGAAAAACAAGAUCAAAUCAAAUGAAGUUUGGUGAAACAGUCUACUGUAAACUUAACAGGAUCUUUUUUGCUGUACCUCAUGCCUGUAAUGUUUGCUGCUUACUUGUUCAGUAUUUUAGUAAUUUAAAUCUCUUAGCAAUAUACAAUGUUGUAAAUAAUAGAAUUAUUUAUUAAAAAUGUUGUCUUUUUAUUUAUAUUUACACAGUUCAUCUAAGUUAUUUUUAUAUGUCUCCAGUGUUACUUGGUGUGAUCAAAAGUCUUUUUUUCCCCGUACUGUUUAUUUCUCUGUCGGUUUCUCUGUUCCGGUUAGAAAGCAAAGGUCUGGCGUAAGAAAUGACCUGUUUUCCCAGCCACUCAAUUUGUAUGAGUAAUAAAUAAAAAGUCUCUGAUGCACAAGGAAAAUGUUAUAGAAAUGUCACCUCUGGAAAAUCGUACAAAGCGUUCCUUUGCCGUAUUGACUUCCACCCGUGUUUUAGAUUCCAUAUGUUUGUAUAUUCUGGGGAAAUUGGUCAGAGAGGUUCCGUUUCCAAUUGCUGAGUAGAUACAUUGAACCGGUCUGGAGCCGUGGGGCUCGUGUGGUUUUGUGUAAAUAGUAGAAUAGGUGAGAGAAACUGAAAGACUGCUUGUGGUGGCUCAGCUGCUGAUGUUUGGCCACGUAUAGAAAGCCUCAUGUAUAGAUUCCUUCUAUACAUUUUCAUCCUCGCCGCAGAAAGAGGCACGUCCUUCACGAUCGUACAUGCGGACGAAGUUGUACCUCAGCAAAUCAGCCUUCUAUUUUGUCAUCUAAAGGUUUCAGCCUAUUUCAGAUUUCCCUAGUGCUGUGUUCGCUUUGAAGAAUAGCCUAAAGGUCACUUUACAUCAUGGGAUUUUUGCAGUAAUAUCCACACAGCUGUGUAGGUUUUGUACAGUGCUAGCAGUAACACGACUGCUCAUCGAUAUUAUACCAGUUCAGCAUGCUUUUCUCAAAUCCCAUACCCUGAAGAUUACAGUUGCAUGAUCGAUACCAUGUUCCCAAAGUCUGAGAUGUGAACAUUCGAUGGUGUGCUACUUCCAUCUGAGUAGUAUAGCAAAUUUAGAUGUAUUUAUCAUACGUUUUUUGCAACAAGCGAUAAUUUACCCCAUUAUAAGUCCUUUGAGUAUUCAUUUUGUAUGCUGUUUUUAUUGUUCUUUUCAAAUUCUUUAUAUCUAAAUCAGAUAUGUUACGUGUUAUUUUAUAUAUAUAUAUAUAUAUUUUUUUUUUUUUCCUGAGUGUUUUUUUUCAAUGCCCUGCUCCAUUGUGUCAUUGUUUGGUCUCCAAAUUUGCAAAUUCUUCUGCGACUGCACUGACAUGAAAUCAAGACCAGACAUGAUGACAAACCUGUUGUUUCCUCCUGGUGUAUCUCCAAAAACAACCCUAUAAAAGGCUUGACCUCUUACACUGACAGUCUCCGUAAGCACUGGUUAGUCUCAAUAAACCCACUUUUCUCAGUAUAUACAUACUAAAUGCACUAUUUUGGGCACUUACCACAAUAUUAUUUUAAUAACCAAUUGAUUUGUACCAUUUUUCCUGAUUAUCUCUGAUGUGAGCAGUUUGCCACUGUUGUCUGUUCAUUUGUUUGUUUUAUAUAUAAUAUUGUGAUAUUAUUUGUCACAGAGCAGACUAGUGUACUGUAUAUUUUCAUGAACUCCUCAAGCAUUAUUAACAGUAAGUACAUCAAUGUUAUUUUUCCUGAUAUGUAUUAUUUAGAAAAUAAACACUGGUUAAUGAAAUGUAA